AUGCCCUUCUACUUGGAAGGGAUCCUGGAAGUCAAGCUGGAGGCGGUGGGGUUCAAACCCACGGUCAGCUCUCAGGAGGAAGAGGAGAGCGAGGAGCAAGCUCAGGACCCCCAAGGGCAGCAGCAAGGAGCUGGAUGGCUGGAGCUCAGCGACAUCGACAGGAUCACCAUGGAAGCAGCGUCACCGUCAGGGCCAGUCGAUCAACAGGUGUUGCUCGACCUCUCGACGAUGCUCUUGGAGACAUCAGAGGAGGAGCUGCUAGCUGGCAAGCCGAUCUCCCUGGAGCUAGACAAGAGUGUUGGCAAGCUGCAUGACACCUUCUGCUCGCCGGGCAACGUAGAGUUCAUGACGCUCGGAGCUUGGGCAGCCACGCCGACGCUGGGAUCGAAGCGAAACAUGUUGAAAGAAAAGCUCAGAGCAUACCUCGGCGAGCAGCGCUGGACACGGGUGCAAGGGAACAAGAAGGUCACGCAAGCAGCGAGGAGGGGCAGCGCCUUCUCUCCAAGGGCAGCAGCGACUGAUGCGCUCGAGCAGGAGGCUGAGAGCGAUGACAUCGAGAGUCGAUCUGUAAGCCUCUUGUUUCUUGCGAUCAGUAAAUUUGCUGAGCACCAUGGGUUGAGCUGCACGGGCAAGGUCGACAAGCAAGACCGACUGCGGCUGAUGAUGAGGGAGGAAGUCGACAUGGAGGCUGAGCCAAAUCAGAGAAGGUGUGUGGGGAAUUCAGCCAUCAUCUUUCUUGCACUACUUUCACUGCGUAGCCGGAGAAUGAUACCAGACCCAUCCCAGAUCCCUGGGGGAGAGCGCAAGGGCACCGGAGGAAGCUGCGAGCAAGAGUAUGAUGAGAGCGUUCGCAACCUGCUGUAUCGGAGAUCAUGCCAAUACACGCAGGGUGAGCGCUCAGGAGGCCACGUCGAGGAGGCCGCCGACCUCGUCGAGAAGGUGAAGAGCUUCACCAAGCGUUAUCCGAAUAGUCGGACAGCUCAUGCUUGCAGAGCUGAGGGGGGAUGCACUCCCGACGCUAUCGCAGAAGCCAUCCGCUCGACAUGUCGGCAGGCGAGACGCGACCUGUUUGAAGACUCUCUGAGCGCAUGGAGCCCAGAGUCGAAAGCAUGGUUCAUGCAACAGAUGAAAGAGGCCAAACAGCAGAAUGUCGAGACUUACAUCGGCACCGAAGACACCGAGGAGACCUCCUUCAUCUCCAUGACUCUCCUGGGCAUCUCUCGAUUAGACUCAGUCGAUAGAGACGACAAGGCCAUCAUGUGGAAAGACAUCUCAGUCACCAUCUCCUUCCUUCGGAAUGAAGAAGCCAUCGCACUCUGGCAAGGCAGCAGAGAGUACAGCAUCGACGGGCGAAUUUUCAGAGCAACUGAAGUCAGCAUUGCACACGACCGGUCGUUCAAGCUCCGAGCCAAGCGAGGACCUUGGGGCAAGGGAGGGAGCCUUGCCGAGCUAUCGCAGCUCCUAGCUCUUGGAGGAAUGUCGACGGCGGACAUAGCUCGGAUCUAUCAAUUCCAACUGAUCUCGCAAUGUCUCGCCGCAGCAGAGGUACAACCGCUGGCGGGCAUGCUCGUGCAGGGUGCUGGGCAGAGAGGUCGCAAGGGGCCGAGCCCGAAGACGUAUGUCGCUGUUGGAGCAAGCAGCAGAGAGAGCUCGAGUGGAGAGAGCGAGGCGAUGGAGGGGGUGCACCUGACUCUCGUCAGCGACGACGCCAAGCUCAGAGAGACGUUUGCAGUCGAGCUCACAGCAGACACCUUCGUGCCGAGAGGAAAGAUCGCCAAGCAGAGGAAGGUACUUCGCGACAGGGAGCAGGCUCCAAGCGGCAGUUUCAGGGUGCAGAUCAAGUCGAGGUCAAGCAUGAGCACAGGCCGCUUCUCGAGGAAGGAGAUGGAAGCACUGUGCGGAGGAGGUAACACAUCGACCACGCGAGUCAAGCGAGCCAUGUUGGAAUUAGCAAGAAGAAUGGACCUCAAGCUUGCCAGCAUUGAGGUUCAAGAAGAUCGAGACACGCUGAGCUGGGAUGGGAGCCUGAUAACUCUCUCCCUGGCGACCAAGGCAGAGGCUCGACGUCUGAUGGACGACAUGCCCUUCUACUUGGAAGGGACCCUGGAAGUCAAGCUGGAAGCUGUGGGUUUCAAGUGGAGCUCUCAGGAUGAAGAGGAGAGCGAGGAGCAAGCUCAGGAGCCACAGGCGGAGCAGCAAGGCGCUGGAUGGCUGGAGCUCAGCGACAUCGACAGGAUCACUCUGGAGGCGGCCUCGCCGUCAGGGCCAGUCGACCAGCAGGUCUUGGUCGACCUCUCGACGAUGCUCCUGGAGACGUCAGAGGAGGAUCUACUUGCUGGCAAGCCGAUCUCGCUGGAGCUAGACAAGAGUGUCGGCAAGCUGCAUGACACCUUCUACUCGCCGGGCAACGUGGAGUUCAUGACGCUCGGAGCUUGGGCAGCCACGCCGUCGUUGGGAUCGAAGCGCAACAUUUUGAAAGAAAAGCUCAGAGCGUACCUGGGCAAGCAGCGCUGGACUCAGGUACAGGGGAACAAGAAGCAGAAGCAAGCAGCGAGGAGGGGCAGCGCUUUCUCUCCAAGAGCAGCAGCAACUGAUGCGCUCGAGCAGGAGGCUGAGAGCGAUGACAUCGAGAGUCGAUCUUGCGUCUGCGACUACUAUGAUGAGAGCGUUCGCAACCUGCUGUAUCGGAGAUCAUGCCAAUACAUGCAGGGCGAGCGCUCUGGAGGCCACGUCGAGGAGGCCGCCGACCUCGUCGAGAGGGUGAGGAACUUCGCGAAGCGGUAUCCUGGUAGUAGGACAGCUCAUGCUUGCAGAGCUGAGGGGGGAUGCACUCCCGACGCUAUCGCAGAAGCCAUCCGCUCGACAUGUCGGCAGGCGAGACGCGACCUGUUUGAAGACUCUCUGAGCGCAUGGAGCUCAGAGUCGAGAGCAUGGUUUAUACAACAGAUGGAGGAGGCCAAGAAGCAGAAUGUCGAGACAUACAUCGGCACAGAAGGCACCGAGGGGACCUCCUUCAUCUCCAUGACUCUCCUGGGCAUCUCCUCGAUGUAUGUUCAAUCGAAGCUUAUGGAACUGGGUCUCAUAGUAGACUCAGUCGAUGGAGUCGACAAGGCCAUCAUGUGGAAAGCACCUUACAGACCUGAGAUAGCACGAGCAGACGACAUCUCAGUCACCGUCUCCUUCCUUCGGAAUGAAGCAGCCAUGGAGCUAUGGGAAGGCAGGAGAGAAUACGCCAUCGCGAGCCAAGCGAGGACCUUGGGGCAAGGGAGGGAGCCUUGCCGAGCUAUCGCAGCUCUUAGCUCUCGGAGGAAUGUCGACGGCCGAGAUCGCUCAAAUUUAUCGAUUUCAGCUGCUCUCGCAAUCUCUUGCAGCCGCAGAGUCGAGCUCACAGCCGACACCUUCGUUCCUAGGGGAAAGAUUGCUAAGCAAAGGAGGGCACUUCGCGAGAGAGAUCAUGCGGGGCGCAGCAGCUUUAGAGUACAGAUCAAGUCGAGGUCAAGCAUGAGCACAGGCCGCUUCUCGAGGAAGGAGAUGGAAGCGCUGUGCGGAGGAGGUAACACAUCGAUCACGAGAGUCAAGCGAGCCAUGUUGGAGUUAGCAAGAAGGAUAGGCGUGACGCCGGCAGAGGCUCGACGCUUGAUUGACGACAUGCCCUUCUACUUGGAAGGGAUCCUAGAAGUCAAGCUGGAGGCGGUGGGUUUUAAGCUCAGCUCUCAGCAUGAGGAGGAGAGGAGCCCGAGCAGCGAGGAGCAAGCCCAAGAGCCCCAAGGGCAGCAGCAAGGCGCUGGAUGGCUGGAGCUCAGCGACAUCGACAGGAUCACCAUGGAAGCAGCGUCGCCGUCAGGGCCAGUCGAUCAACAGGUCUUGCUCGACCUCUCGACGAUGCUCUUGGAGACAUCAGAGGAGGAGCUGCUAGCUGGCAAGCCGAUCUCCCUGGAGCUAGACAAGAGUGUUGGCAAGCUGCAUGACACCUUCUGCUCGCCGGGCAACGUAGAGUUCAUGACGCUCGGAGCUUGGGCAGCCACGCCGACGUUGGGAUCGAAGCGAAACAUGUUGAAAGAAAAGCUCAGAGCAUACCUCGGCGAGCAGCGCUGGACACGGGUGCAAGGGAACAAGGCAGCGAGGAGGGGCAGCGCCUUCUCUCCAAGGGCAGCAGCGACUGAUGCGCUCGAGCAGGAGAGCCUCUUGUUUCUUGCGAUCAGUAAAUUUGCUGAGCACCAUGGGUUGAGCUGCACGGGAAAGGUCGACAAGCAAGACCGACUGCGGCUGAUGAUGAGGGAGGAAGUCGACAUGGAGGCUGAGGAGGGCGAGGGCGUGGAGGAGGAGGCUGGCGCAGGCCUCUCGCGCGCUUGA